AUGCAUUCAAUGGCAGUAGCUGAUUUGAUGAAACGAUGGCAGGUAUUUUUGAAUCCCGAGCGAGGUGGGUUUAUGACGACCGGUACAGAUGAACAUGGAGUGAAGGUAGAACAGGCUGCGAAGUCAGUGGGUCGAGAUACUAAAGAGUUUGUUGACGAGACGUCGCAGUCUUUCAAGAUUCUGGCUGAUAAAGCGGAACUCGAUUAUGACAGGUUCAUCCGAACGACUGAUAAAGAUCACAUCGAGGCGUCGCAAGCGCUAUGGAAGAUAUUACAGGAAAAUGGAUAUAUAUAUCAAGGAACCCAUCAAGGCUGGUAUUGUGUUUCUGAUGAGACAUUUUACCCAGAAACUCAGAUUAUGAGGGAGACGGUCACUAAGGAUGGUAAAGAGGUGGAGCAGAUGGUUUCUCGAGAAACCGGCAAACCAGUUGAAUGGACGUCAGAAGUCAAUUAUUUUUUUGCAUUAUCUAAGCUCCGUGAUAGGUUGUUAGAACAUAUCCGGUCAAACAAACAAUUCAUUGUUCCAGAGGAAAAGUAUAGAUUUGUAGAGAACGAGGUUGCUCAGGGCUUGAGCGAUUUAAGUAUUUCUCGACCCAGAUCCCGUUGCUCUUGGGGUGUCCCGGUUCCAGGUGAUGAGGAGAAUCAAGUAAUGUAUGUGUGGCUUGACGCAUUAACAAACUAUCUCACAAGUACAGGCUUUCCAUGGAAAUCCGAGCAAGCCUAUCUUGACAGCCAAUGGCCGGCUGAUGUCCAUGUCGUGGGUAAAGAUAUUCUUCGGUUCCACACUAUUUAUUGGCCAGCCUUCCUUCUUGCUGCUGGCAUUCCUGUUCCCAAGCAGGUGGUGGUUCAUAGCCACUGGACUAUAGAAGGCACCAAAAUGUCCAAAUCUCUUGGAAAUGUUGUUGAUCCAAUCGACACUAUUAACAAGUACGGUAUUGACAGUGUGAGGUACUUUCUUGCAAAUGACUCUUACCUAGAUCAUGAUACUCCGUUUUCAAAUGACCGUGUGCAGCAAAGACACAAUACGGAUCUGGUAAACCGGUACGGAAACCUGGUUGUUCGAAUUUGCGGUCCCAAAUUCAACAUCAACAGAUCUUUGGCCAUUGAUACCGACUCUAUCUUUGAAAAUGGUCAGUUUUCGCUCCCAGGUAUAUAUGACCGACACACUGCGCUGGUGAAACAGACUAAUGAGCUUCUUUCAAAUGUAUCACGAUUCAUGUCACAGUAUGAUUCAGCUAGAGCUCUGGAUCAGGUGUGGAAUUUAAUCAAGGAAGCUAAUCUCUUUGUCCAAGAUACGGCUCCUUGGACAUAUAAAUCUGCCGACCAAGUAAACCUACAAGACGCUCUUAUAAAAGACUCUGCCGAGUGUGCCAGAGUCGCAUCGAUUGUCUUGCUCCCAUUUCUACCCUUAGUUGCAAACACAAUGCUUGACCGUCUGGCCGUAGACAAGAACAAGCGUUCACAUCAGUAUGCUCAGUACGGGGCCGAUAACUCAUAUGGUGUAUCUGCCAACCGAAAAGGUGACUAUCCUAUUGCUGGUAUCGAAUAA